CUCUAUUUCAGUUAGUUUAUUUCUUAAUUUUCACACUGUAUACUCGUUUGACACGUGAAGACCUAUGCGGCGUCCUCCGACAUUCACCUCUCCAAAAAAAUCAGCAACCCCUCUGAAUAUUUGAUUAGGAAUUUCCUUGUCAUCUCCAUUCUUCUCCUCCUCCUCUGCAGCUGCUGUCAACAACCGCACCGUCGUCAAUGGCGGUUAAAUCAACAUUUUCUUCUGCUCCGCUUUUCCGCCUCCAACGAUCCGUCUUGCACUUUUCUCGUUUAUCAGGAAACUCGCUGAAGCUCAACGGGAAGGGAAACUCACCGAGUUCCGUGGGCGUCCGUGCUGGUGUUGGGAGCCCUAGUUCCGAUGGACCGGCUCUAAAGGAAUCUACAGAUGCGGCUUCCGCUAUCGAUUUUCUCACGCUUUGUCAUCGUUUGAAGACAACUAAGCGAAAGGGCUGGGUCAAUCAUGGAAUUAAGGGGGCGGAGUCAAUUGCAGAUCACAUGUACCGCAUGGCAUUGAUGGCUUUGAUUGCUGGGGAUCUACCAAAUGUAAAUAGGGAAAGGUGUAUCAAGAUUGCCAUUGUGCACGAUAUUGCAGAAGCCAUUGUUGGUGAUAUCACCCCCUCAGACGGAGUGCCCAAAGCCGAAAAAAGCAGACUUGAGCAGUCUGCUCUGAAUGAAAUGUGUGAAAUUCUAGGUGGAGGGAUUAGGGCUGAUGAAAUAAAAGAACUUUGGGCAGAAUAUGAGAAUAAUUCUUCCACUGAGGCUAGCCUAGUGAAGGAUUUUGACAAGGUGGAAAUGAUCCUUCAAGCAUUGGAAUAUGAAAUGGCUCAUGGAAAGGUUUUGGACGAAUUCUUUAUCUCCACAGCAGGCAAAUUCCAAACAGACGUUGGGAGAAGUUGGGCCUCUGAGGUGACUUCAAGAAGGAAUAAGAGACUAAGAGAACUUGAUUCAUAGAAGUAUCAGAAGAACUAAGGUAAUUUUGUCAUAUCAAUUCAGAACUCAGGUCAAAGUUUCUUCCACUGAAAUUCUAAGUAUACGAAUAAAUGGUGUCUUCAUUGAGUACCGAGCUAUAAGCUAUUUAGCCAUCAGAACUGUGGCAACCCUUGCUUGGAGGUCAGAAAUCUUCAAAAUAACUUCAAUGGUGCAGCCCUUUUAACGUUAAACCUACAAUUUUAUCAGUUUGAUCAUCACUAUAUUUAUUAUUUCAAUGAGAUAGUAGUUUGCUAAAGCCGUAGAAGCAUGGAAGUUAGGAAGGCAAGUCUUAUUAGCUCAAUGAAAGUUAUAAGUUUUUUUCUCAUUGAUGUUCAUGUUGUCAUUAUUGCUAACUGACUUAUCCAGGGAGAGUGAUUUAGGAAUUUUCUUUGAUGAAUAAAUUCAUUUUUAUAGUCCCUUUUUGAAUAAAAUGUUUGUCUUUUCUUCU